CUUGUGACGGCAACAAUUGAAUAUUUAUUCACAAUAUUACAAUAGAAAUGAAAACAAAAGUGGUUCAAGUUAUUUUUCAUUUGUUGUUAUGCGUAACGGUUAUUCCAGGAAGCGAAUAUAAUGAAAAUAAUGUUCAAAAUUUUGAGAGAAAACGAGACAUUGCCAUGGAUGUCACAGACUUUUCAGUGUAUUACGAUGUCCACACUAACGAGACCAUACGAAAAAUGAUGCCCAGGCCAUGGUACAGACCGGGUUGGCGACUGAGGCUUCCAUUUACCGGCGGACCUUGCGAAUGCAAAAGCUACAAAUGCACUUGUUGCACCGGUAUCCGAAUAGAAGCAUUUGGUUUCGACAGACGCACUUGCGCAAUUCUUAAGUUUGAACCUGAGGAAGCCAUAAUAAAUUUGGAAGUCAAAAUGAGUAACAAAAGUGUUUUAGUAAAAAUGUUUUCAGCAAGUAAUCCUCCACCGUUUUGCGUGCCCAUCCCAGUUCCCUAUUUGCCUCCCGGGCUUGUCGAUAUGUGUAUCAGAUUAUUUGAUGUCUCGAUAGUUCAGCAGAGAUUACAUGUAUGUAUGGACAUGGACACCAGGAUUGAUAUGGCGCCAGUCUUGAUUUUACAUUUCGAUUGCAUGGAUAUGGGCAUAGAUGGCGUUAGUCUGUCAAAACCUGGUGGAGGUGGUAGUAAUCCAGCGAACGCUGCAACUAAUGGAGAUACAACGGAAUCAAUGGAACCAACACAAGUCAACGGCGAUGUGUAUGACCCUGUUACCGAGGAUCCCAAUAUCGAAACCACACCGCAACCCAUGUUCAAAAACAGUAUUAAAUAUAUAUAA